CGCCGCGCUCCGCCCCGGCCGGUGCCCGCGGACCUUGACGCGGCGUGCGGGGCGGGGCAGCGCCCGGUGGCGGUGUCAGCAGGGCCCGAAGCGGAGGCGAGCGGAGCGGGGUUGAGGGCUGUCGGCCGGCAGGAUGCUGGAGAUCCAGCUAGACGAUGGCGGCGUGGGGGGGUAUCCGGGCGAUGAUUACUGCUCGGGGUCGGUGAUGUCGGAGCGGGUCUCGGGCCUCGCCAACAGCAUCUACCGCGAGUUCGAGCGACUGAUCCACUGCUACGACGAGGAGGUGGUGAAGGAGCUGAUGCCGCUGGUGGUGACGGUGCUGGAGAACCUAGACUCGGUGCUCACCGACAACCAGGAGCACGAGGUGGAGCUGGAGCUGCUGCGGGAGGACAACGAGCAGCUGCUCACGCAGUACGAGCGGGAGAAGGCGCUGCGCAAGCAGGCCGAGGAGAAGUUCAUAGAGUUUGAAGAUGCACUGGAACAGGAAAAGAAAGAACUACAAAUUCAAGUGGAACACCUUGAAUUUCAGACUAGACAGCUGGAGCUGAAGACCAAAAACUAUGCAGACCAGAUUUCUCGACUGGAAGAACGUGAAUCAGAAAUGAAGAAGGAGUAUAAUGCUCUGCAUCAGCGUCACACAGAGAUGAUCCAGACAUACGUGGAACACAUUGAGCGAUCUAAGAUGCAGCAAGUUGGGGGAAAUAACCAAACUGAGGGCAGUGUACCCGGGAGAAGUCAUCGCCAGUCCUGGAGGAAAAGGAAGGAACGACCCAACUCCCUGAAUGUCUUCCCCCUCGCUGAUGGCAUGGUACGUGGGCAGAUAGGGGCCAAGAUCGUCCCAACACUGGACCACUGGCACCUGAGUGACCUCGGCCAGCUGCAGUCCAACUCCAGCUACAAGUGCCCCCAAGACGAAAUGUCUGAAUCUGGGCAGUCCUCAGCAGCUGCCACGCCAAGCACCACGGGAACCAAGUCCAACACUCCCACGUCAUCUGUUCCCUCUGCUGCUGUCACCCCUCUGAACGAGAGCAUCCAGCCCAUCAGCGAGUACACCAAUGGCACCACCAAGAGUAAUAAGAGGGCACGAGAAAAGCGUAACAGCCGGAACAUGGAAGUCCAGGUCACACAGGAGAUGCGGAAUGUCGGCAUAGGGAUGGGCAGCAGCGACGAGUGGUCCGAUGUCCAGGACAUCAUUGAUUCUACCCCAGAGCUGGAUAUGUGUCAGGACCCCCGCCUGGAACGCACGGGUAGCAGCCCAACACAGGGGAUUGUGAACAAAGCAUUUGGCAUCAACACAGACUCCCUAUACCAUGAACUUUCCACAGCAGGGUCUGAGGUCAUUGGAGAUGUUGAUGAAGGAGCAGAUCUGCUAGGGGAGUUCUCAGUACGGGAUGAUUUCUUUGGAAUGGGCAAAGAAGUGGGCAAUCUACUGUUGGAGAACUCUCAGCUGCUGGAGACCAAAAAUGCUUUGAACAUUGUGAAGAAUGAUUUGAUUGCCAAGGUGGACCAGCUGUCUGGGGAGCAGGAGGUGCUGAAGGGAGAACUAGAAGCAACAAAGCAGGCCAAAGCCAAAAUAGAAACCAGAGUCAAGGAGCUGGAGGAGGAGCUAAAGAGAGUGAAAUCUGAAGCAAUUGUUGCCCGACGAGAGCCCAAAGAGGAGGUGGAGGAUGUAAGCAGCUAUCUCUGUACAGAAUUGCAGUGCUCCUCCCCUCUGCAGGACAACAUUCCCAUUGCCCAGCGCCGACGUUUCACCCGUGUGGAGAUGGCCCGGGUCCUGAUGGAGCGCAACCAGUACAAGGAGAGGCUGAUGGAGCUCCAAGAGGCUGUCAGGUGGACAGAGAUGAUCAGAGCUUCCCGUGAGCACCCAUCCGUGCAGGAGAAGAAGAAAUCCACCAUUUGGCAGUUCUUCAGUCGUCUGUUCAGCUCUUCCUCCAGUCCUCCCCCAGCAAAGAGGACCUACCCCUCUGUGAAUAUCCACUACAAGUCUCCCACCACGGCGGGGUUCAGCCAGCGGCGCAGCCACACCAUGUGUCAGAUCUCCUCCGGCAGCCGCACCCUCGAGUUCUUCCCUGACGAUGACUGCACGUCCUCGGCACGCCGUGAGCAGAAGCGAGAGCAGUACCGGCAGGUCCGGGAGCACGUGCGGAACGAUGAUGGGCGGUUGCAGGCCUGUGGCUGGAGCCUCCCAGCCAAGUACAAGCAGCUGAGUCCCAAUGGUGGUCAGGAAGACACUCGUAUGAAAAAUGUCCCUGUGCCUGUAUAUUGUCGCCCACUAGUAGAGAAGGACCCAACUAUGAAGCUGUGGUGUGCAGCUGGAGUAAAUCUCUCAGGAUGGAGACCUUUGGAACAGGAGCCUGGGAAUGGGCAGAAACUAGAUCCUGGGCACGAUCCCCUCACCUGUGACAGGGAAGUGGAAGGCGAGAACAACAAAAGUAACCAUACAUCUCCUGAGAAAAAAAAGGCAAAGGAGCUCCAUGAGGUGGAUGCCACAUCUAGCCGUGUUUGGAUCCUCACUAGCACGCUGUCAACCAGUAAAGUCGUGAUAAUUGAUGCCAACCAGCCUGGCACAGUGGUGGACCAGUUCACUGUCUGCAACGCUCACGUGCUCUGCAUCUCCAGCAUCCCUGCGGCCAGUGAGAGUGACUAUCCCCCAGGUGAGAUCUUCCUGGAGGGGGAUGUGAAUCCCGAAGAGUCAGCCGGGGCAGAUGGUGUCUUGGCAGGGAUCACACUGGUGGGCUGUGCAACCCGCUGCAAUGUGCCACGAAGCAACUGUUCCUCACGUGGGGAUACACCUGUUCUGGACAAGGGACAGAGUGAGGUGGCUCCUGUCUGCAAUGGGAAAAUCAACCAGCCUCAGUCUACUGAGGAGGCAACAGAGGCUACAGAAGUACCGGAAAGCAGUGCCAGCGAGGCAGAGCUGACACAGGCCCGGCCUGGGCCCCUCACCGAGCACGUGUUCACAGACCCUGUCCCAGCCCAGGCACCCAGGCACAAUGGGGAGAAUGGGCAGCUGAAGAUGGAACCCAGCACAGCACUGCCAGAUCAGGAGUCAACCAGGGAUGCUGGAACCUGCACCAGUGCUGCCCCCACCAUGUGGCUGGGAGCUCAGAAUGGCUGGCUCUAUGUGCACUCGGCUGUGUCCAGCUGGAAGAAAUGUCUGCACUCAAUAAAGCUGAAGGACUCUGUGCUGAGCCUGGUGCAUGUGAAAGGGAGGGUCCUGGUUGCUCUGGCAGAUGGAACACUAGCCAUAUUCCAUCGAGGAGAAGAUGGUCAGUGGGAUCUCAGCAAUUACCACCUGAUGGAUCUUGGCCACACUCACCACUCCAUCCGUUGCAUGGCUGUGGUCUAUGAUAGAGUCUGGUGUGGCUACAAGAACAAAAUCCAUGUUAUCCAGCCGAAGACAAUGCAGAUUGAGAAGUCCUUUGAUGCCCAUCCUCGUCGGGAGAGCCAGGUGCGACAACUGGCAUGGAUUGGAGAUGGUGUGUGGGUUUCCAUCCGCCUGGACUCCACACUGAGGCUCUACCAUGCCCACAGCCAUCAACAUCUGCAGGAUGUCGACAUUGAACCUUACGUCAGCAAGAUGCUAGGCACUGGAAAGCUGGGUUUCUCCUUUGUGCGGAUCACAGCCUUACUCAUUGCUGGCAACCGCCUUUGGGUGGGAACUGGGAAUGGUGUUGUCAUCUCCAUUCCCCUGACUGAGACUGUAGUCCUCCACCGUGGCCAACUCCUUGGGCUCCGGGCCAACAAGACUUCACCAACCUCUGCAGAGGGCAGUCGCUCUGGUGGAGUCAUCCACGUGUAUGGUGAUGACAACAGUGACAAAUCUGCCAGCAGCUUCAUUCCCUACUGCUCUAUGGCUCAGGCACAACUCUGCUUCCAUGGCCACCGUGAUGCUGUCAAGUUCUUUGUCUCUGUGCCAGGCAAUGUCCUUGCAACUUUAAAUGGGAGCGUGUUGGACAGCCCUUCGGAGAACCCCAGCACAGCAGCCACUGAGACUGAGGGUCAGAAGCUAAAGAACGUCCUGGUGCUGAGUGGAGGAGAAGGGUAUAUUGAUUUCCGGAUUGGGGAUGGGGAAGAUGAUGAGACAGAAGAGAAUAUGGGAGAUGCCACCCAAGUGAAGCCAGUACUUUCCAAGGCUGAACGGAGCCACAUUAUUGUGUGGCAGGUAUCAUACAUCCCUGAGUGAGAAUUCCUCUUUUCCCACAAUGUAAGUGUCCCUUCUCCUACCUGAAUGCCACGAUGUACAUACAGAAUGCCUGCAUUAUAACUCCUGCUGGAAACUGACCCUGGACAACUGCAACGGUUCCUGUCUUGAACUGUGACCCCUUGAACCUCUGAACUCGUAGCUUUCAACUCGGGCCCGUAUGCUUUUGGCGUGGUUAGGUUCUUGUUCUGCUCUGGAGCUGGCAUCUAAAAGGAGAGAAAUGGCAGUACAACAUGGAGGGAGCUUGGAGCCAGUCCUGUGGGAAACUUUUGCCCAGUUUUAGAAGGGGCAGUUGGAGGGGGGUGCCUCAGGUUUUUGGGCAGGUUGCCUCACUCCCACCUGCAUGAGAAAGAAGUGCGUCCCUAGGCAUUCCCUGCCAAAGCAGUGAUGGUGAAUCACUUCUGCAGCACCCCAGCAGAAAUCCUUCUAGUUCACCAGUAGACUCUUCAUCUUAUCCUUAUUCACCCUUAAGCACGGAAUAACAUCCUCUGGACUUAGAGCAGCAGAGAGUCCAAGGAAGCUUCCAAAGAGCAUCAUGGUUUCAGCAGCACUUCAGCUGUGGUGCUGAAGAAGGCAGCAGCACCCAUACUGUGGGGAUCACAUCUUCCAUCUUUGCAGGGGGAAAGUCCCUUCCUCUGCUGCUGCUGUUGCCUCAGCAGUCAUGUGCUGGGUGCCUGCCUGUGUGUGUCCCAAGAUAAUUGUUUUGUGGGCUCAGAUGGUAGAUAGGUGUUUGACUGUCAAGGCCAAACAGCAGUAGUAGCAAAAGGGUACCAGAAUGUUGCUUUUUUAAGAUAAGUCAAGUCUUUUAACUUUCCUUUCCAAAAAAGUCAUACAGAAAAGAAUUCCUGAGUGCAUUCUGAAAGGUUCAUGUGGUUAUCUCUGCAUUGCAUUUGGUGGCUUUUAAAAGGCAGGUGAGGUCAGAUGGUGUUGAUCUGCUGUGAGUUCUGCAUUAACACAUUGAGAUUGCCUCAUCUCAAGGCUGUGUCUACUUUUUAGUAUGUGCUGGAAGGAGAUAUCUUUUCAGAGAGUCUUGGAAAAUGGAGACUUGGCAGUUGGUUAGGACAAGUGGAGUCAAGGCUAUAUCUCACCUGAUGUCACACAGCAAAAGAAUUGAGGCUAGAUUCCUGACAUCUUUUACCUAAUCUGACAUCUUUUACCUAAGCACUGACUAUGCUAGUAAGAAGUUGGAAAAGCUGGAAAUUUCUGACUCCUGAAUUGACAGCCCCCAAGAAAAGUGGUGAUAGCCCUUUCUGUUUAAGCAAUGCUGAUUGCACAUGUACAUCCUGCUUACAAAAGUGGCAAAAAUUGGGGCCAGGGAGGGUGGUUUUGAGCUUACAAUGCAGAAUAUGAAAGUUACAGGUGUAGAGACAAUGGUGUGUUCUCCCUUUUCUGACAUUGUCUCACAAGGACAAAUUCUGUGCUCCUUGAACGUUCUUUCUUGGGUGUGCAGGAGUAGGACAAGUUGCAUUUGUUAGUGAUAAAUUUGGAAGCUCCUGGUGGUCCUCUUGUUUUUUGCCUGACCUGUUACAGUACUCCAGGGUUCACAGAGAUGUCCUUGUGACAAUAUGGGGACAACUGGGCAAGCCUCCAUCUCCUGGUAAGCUCCCUGCUGUGUCCUGUGCUUGCUGCCAUGGACCAGGCUUGCAGAUCCUGGUGUGCUGCAGGGAUGCCAUAUUCCCAGGGGAUGCUCUAACAUGUGGCAUCUCUCCUGAUACAGCAGCACCUAAACAAUUUUUGUACCCACAGUUCAGGAAAGGUUGUGGCAUACAUCUUUCCUGCCAGAAGGCAAGAGACAUCUCUGGUGACCUUUCACCAGGGAUAUUUUGUUGAGGCACUGCUGACCCUGCCAGGCUUCUCAUUCACUUUUGCCGUAUGCUUUCUGCUAGGAAGACCUCUUUGGAUCCCAAUAGAGAGUGCAUUGAAGUAAACAAUAUAACAUUUAGAGCACAGAUUCCACUGUCAUGUAAUAGUUCAUCAGUUAGGGCCAGGCAAAUUUCAGAAUUUGGGCUAGUUAAAAAGAAGGCCUGGUAGGGUUCUGUUUCUUAACUCCGUAAGUUCUUUCAUAAAAAAGUCAGAUUUGCAACAUUUCUACCACUGACUGUUCUGUAUCUGGUAUGAGCAGUUGAAGGGACAACACUUGAUCUCCUGUCACCCACUGGGCCCUAACAACACACGGGAAUCUCCCAUCAGAUUCCUUUCCAGCUCAAUGCCAUGGUUUCCUCCAAGAGAAGCACAUGGCCCAGAGGGGCAGCUGCAGGGGGGAGACCCAGCCUCUGCUGAUAGCUCCUGUAGCCUUGGGUUGCUGCUGGGUAUUAAGGUGAGGACUAACUGGCUUCAGUACGCUUCUCUGUCAUAUCUCCACUGUGAUGUAUGUAAAGUAUCUUGUAUGUUACAAAAGGAUUUUUAAAAGUGUCUUAAGGCCUGUAAACUCCGCUGUUUGAUCUGAAGAUGGCAUUCUGUAAAGAGCCUGCUGUACGAAUAUAUUCCCGUGCUUUGUCCCCUAUGCUGUCAGCAACAAACCAUACCUGUUCUGUAUGUAAUAAACAUGUUAACAUCA